AGUCCUUUGACAGAGAGAGAGAGAGAGAGAGAGAGAGUUACUAAACACAGACUAAAGCCACUUGUUGAUGUUUUGUCUGAGAAUAAAAGGCAGAAUGUUGACUGUAGAAGCCGGACAGCAGAAUGAGAGAACGUCCAGAAACAGCCCGAAACGUCUGUCCCACUCCAUUGAAGACAUCCUGAGAAGACCUUCCUGUUUAUCGGAGAGCAGAAGGCAGGAGAACGUACAGGUGUGCGCUGAGAUACCUGACGAGAAGAGAGAGCUGAACUCCAGACCAAACACAGUGUGUCGGCCUGGUCACAGACGGGUUCGCACUACGUUCACGGUGGCCCAGCUGGAGGAGCUGGAGCGCGUUUUUCAGGACACUCAUUACCCAGAUGUCCACACCAGAGACCAGCUCGCCACACGGACCCAGCUGUCUGAGGGAAAAGUGCAAAUCUGGUUCCAGAACAGGAGAGCAAAGUGGAGGCGAACUGAAGCUCAGGGAAAAGACAGAGACCUUCUGCAGACAAACAAGAGCAGCUGUCCUCACCUCAUGACCUCCCCGUUCUUCUUCUGCACUCCAGUCCAGAGCCUCAUCAUACAGCAGAAGCCUCACCUGCCUGCCUCACUCUGUCCUUCCGUUUAUCCGUACGAGCUCAGCACUUGUAAACUCUGCCCCUUCAGCAGAGCCCAGCGGAUCGGCAGGUCGCUGUACCCCCCCUUCCUCCCCAUAUUACAUAACGUCCCACCCUGA